CAGAUGUCGUGCCCGUCCAUUGCUCAACGGAGGACACAAAGUGAAUGAUUUGAUUCUGCUCUGGCUGGGUGGAGAAGGUGCUCGAUGCCUUCAGGUACCGAUCAGGCCCAUGUGGCUCCAGAUUAAUAUGAUGUUGUACGAUAUCCGACUCAGUUGCCCAUAUAACCGAGGCACGUUUUCCUGCAACUGCACCAACUUUGUACGAGGCUCCUCUCUACCACCACAACCUGCUUCGCCGCAACGAGGUUACAAGGUCGAGAAAACGACAAGUCGGCCACACAAUAUCCAGACUUGUCUCGUGAUAUCAACCACGUUGGUUAUACCUGCGACAAUAUUAAAGUCAGGGCUGCUUCAAGGCAGACGCGCAGACACAGCCAGAAGCCCGAUUCCCACGCCGAAUUGGAUGUACACGUCCGAGUUGUCGCUGCAGUCAUCCUCAGGGUCGGAGCCAAUGAUGAUCUGAGCAGCCGUGUUAGUGAUCGAACCACCAUCUGAAGAGGAUCGGAUGCUGAGUUCCAGCACCUCCGAUGUUCUCCCAUCUGACUCCUCACUACACUCGAGAACUUGUAUCGCUGGCUAAUAAUGCAAUAAGAAACAAAAGCACAACAUCACCAAGUCUGCUCUCGGGGCUGUGCAUAUCGAAAGACUCUCGGACGAAAGCAGUCUUCCGCCCUUCUACAAGGACUGCUGGUCCUCAGAGCCGAUCCCUCCACCAGCAGCUCCCAACCACUUUCCCCUUCAGGCAAAUUUGCCCAACCCACGGUCCAUCUCCCAUCCACCGUCGACCAUCUAUUCCGUUUGUUGCCGCUCGCCGAUUCGAGGCUAACCUCAGGUCAUUGUGUUCGGCUGCUUCUCCCGUGCUGGUCGUACCAACCGCAAUCAUGUCCUCGACAAGCGCCACGGCUGAAAACCGUGAAAAGCUCAAGGGCCAUAUGUCCAAGUACCAAGGAGGCGCCUACACGGAAGGCUGGGCCGAGCUGUGGAACAAGGGAGACUUCUUACCCUGGGACCGUGGCUCGCCAUCCCCAGCCCUGGCCGACACGCUGGUCAACCACGCCCAAGUCAUUGGUAAUGCCCUUCUCGCCUCAUCUGCAGAUGGCCAGAAGCAUCGGAAACGCGCAUUAGUCCCCGGCUGCGGCCGCGGCGUCGAUGUCUUGUUACUAGCGAGUUUUGGAUAUGAUGUGGUGGGGUUGGAGUACGCUGAAAAGGCACUUGAAGCCUGCAAGAAGUAUGUGGCCGAGAAUGGCGACAAGUAUCCCACCUACGAUGAGAAUAUCGGUAAGGGGAAAAUGGUGUUUCUUCAGGGAGACUUUUACAAGGACGAGUGGGUGGAGAAAACGAGGGCAGAGCUAGGUGCUGGUGGUGAGUGGGAUGGCAAGUUCGAUUUGAUUUAUGACUAUACUUUCUUCUGCGCAAUGCACCCAGGUAUGCGCCCUGCUUGGGCCAAACGCAUGACCGAGCUCCUCCGCCAGUCCCCGCAAGCAAAUCUUGUCUGUCUCGAGUUCCCAGUUGCCAAACCCGUCAAGUCCGGUGGUCCCCCUUACGGGGUUGCUCCGAAGACAUACUUCGAACAUCUGAGCCACCCAGGGGAAGAAAUCCCCUACGAUGAGGAAGGCAACGUCAAGAUGAAUCCGCUCGCUCCGUCUGGCCCAGGUGCACUGGAAAGGGUGGGGCAUUGGCAUCCAGCCGACACGCACAACGUGGGCAAGGACAAGGACGGUAAUGUGGAGGACUAUAUCUCGGUUUGGCGCCACCGUUGAGAUUGUGGCUGGUCUGGGGGCAGAGGAGCUCCCUGGGCUUCAACAGCCCAUCAAAACCUUCGUGUUCAAGUGAACGGGUAAUGAUUCGACGUGAAAACAAGGAGUAGUUGCUCAACUUUUGUCCACUUUCUUCAACGCAUUGUAAUGCUCACCAAGCCCAAAGCUGUGUCGAUAAUAUGCCAGCCAGAUGGUGUCAUUCGAGCCUUCUUGA